UUCCAUACCAUACGUAGAUGGUACAAAGUCCAGCCCAGGGUAUUUACUACCUCCUUCUCUUUCUCUUCCUCAUCAUUCCACUCCCAGCUCUCGGCUGUCAACCGCGGAUAUACAUAUCGGUAUUAGAGGUGUCGCAGGUGAAAACUAGACGGACGCUUAUACGUUGACUUCAGAUCCUCGACUGAAUCUUCCUUAUUUCUCCGGACGGACUAUACACCCAUUCUCCUCCCCCAUCAGCUUUACUUCUCCUGACUAAUCAAGCACAAGUGAAGCAGGCCUGCCACCCGUGUACUUGUUCCUCGGCAGAGACUCGAGUCGAUCAGGACGAAAGCUAAGUAUUUAACUUUUUCUUUAUAUGGAGAAAUCAGCAACAGUGUCCUAUAUACUUCUGAAAAUAUAAGCAUCUGUAGCAUACAUUCUCUGUCUUCUUUCUAUAGAACACUCUUUCUAUGAAACUAUGGGUAGCUGUCAUUCUGUUAAACGGGGGUCCAAAAAAAGAGAAGAUAUUUCAUAUUCUGAUAUCGAAUGCAAACACGGGAAGAUAUGGAAUACACUUGCACCCAGAGAUGAUCAUCAUUCCCUAACUUCAGUUUUCAGGUUCUGUUUAUUUAUGGGGGUUUCCUGUAAUAAUAUGCAAAACGAUGAAGAACAGAAUCCUGUGGCUGUGAGAAAACCUAAAAACUGCUUGCUUCUUCUAAAGCAACUCAAAACCUGGAUCGCAAAAAAUUUUUCUGGAUUUAAUGCAGCAAAAGUCACCUCUCUUAUAUAUCAAGAGCCGAUUUACAGAAGUCCAGGAGUCGGGCAGCAGACGGUUAAUGCCCGCUACAGUAUCGUUCUUCAAAUACAAAAUCAGGAUGCCAUUUACCAAGGUGCCAACAGAUUUCAGAUGCUGCCUUGGGAUGCCCAUGGGCCCCCUUCCAAGAGGGUCACACGUGAUGGAAGCUGGUACAUUGUAUCUAUGAAGGUUUUCAAGGACGAAAUGGACUUAGGCAGUCAAUGCCCAGACAAUCCUGAUGUUCCUCUGAAAGUCAUUUUACACGUUGCAAAUCACAUGCCAUGGACUCCUCCAGUGGUCAAUCCUUGUUUCUUGAACUAUCAUGUGGACAAUACACUGAGCCCUGAAGAAUUGCGUCAACUAAUUAGGAUUCCGAAGUAUUUGUUACCUAACGAGCAGCCAAAGUACCCAAUACCAAAAGACACAAGCACUCUUAUUCCUGGAUUACUUGAGUUUAACCAUGAUGCAAUACCCUUGGACUGCCGGACUCUGAACAUCAGCAGCAAUCUUUAUACAGUUCUACAUUUCUCUUAUUAUAAAUCAGAUUUCUAUUUGAACUUCAUAAACCCUGUACCAAGCACCAUUAUUCCUAACACACAUUGGUUUAAUAAUGAAGCAAUACAUGAGGACCAAGAUGUGAACGCCGACGGAAAGUUUAAGAAAUGUCCACCUUACACUAAUAUUAAAGCAGAAGACACAAGAACUCUUGUUCCUGGACCACCUAAGUUUAACCAUUUGGACUACCGGAAUCUGAACAUCAGCAGCAAUCCUAAUACAGUUCUAGACUCCUCUUAUUAUAAAUCAGGUUUCAAUUUGAACUUCCCAAACCUUGUACCAAGCACCAUUAAUCCUAACCCAAGUUGGUUUAAUAAUGAAGCAACACAUGAAGACCACCAAGGUGUGAAUGCCAACGGAGAUUCUAACAAAUGUCCACUUUCCACUAAUAUUAAAGCAGGUAACAGUGCUGCAGCAGGAUUCAAAGCUUUCUGGAUUCUUCUGGCAUUAGCUUCACCAACCCCAGCAUACCCUGUUCCACAAGGUCACCAAGUGGGAAUUGAGAUCCUUCGAGAUUCGGACAACCUAAAUUGUACCCUUAAGAUAGACAACAAGUUUUCUUUAUGCUAUGGUCAUUGCGAUCAAAACCUAAAACACUAUCAAAACAUUUCUGAUGACACUGUUGAGAAUUUACUGGGAAAGCUUUGCAAGCGGCAGGAGAGAGUCAUGGAAGCAAACCAGAUCUCCUUAAUGGGAAAACACAGCCUUAGCUCAGGCAUUCUCCAACUGAUUCUUAUCUGGGAACUUGACAAAGUCUUUAAUGUGGUGAAUGUGAUCAUCCAAUAUAUAUUCAAUGACAAAAAGUUAACAGAUGAAGAGAUGACUUACUUGCCUAUGACCAUUACUGAUUUUUGGGAUUCUGAUCCAAACAGUCCUGUAUAUAUGGAGAAGAUGAAAGAAUAUGUCAAGGAGGUCUGGGAGAGUAUCAGAGAGAAGAUACUUCCUUUUCUAAAAAUAGAUGUCCAACCAGAAAAAAUGAACUCGUCGGUAAAUGCAAGAGCAAAUACUAGAAGGUGGAUAAUUGCAAUAGCAAUCUUUGUCGUCAGCUUUAUCGGUGCCAUUUCCAUUGUUCGGAAUAUAAAAUGUUCUGGAAAGGAAACUUUUAAAAAGCUUUAUGAAACUUGCUUAACUUACAGACGAGCUGCCCAGAACGAAACUGAAGAUGAUCCAAAUGUGAUGGAAGUCUUAAAAGGAGAAGAUCAUGUGACCAAUUCUGUCUGAAUGGACUUCAGUUAUGUGGUUUACUACGUUUUUUAUCUUAACUGAAUAACAAUAAAAUUAUAAAUCCAAAAUUGCAGUGUCACAUCCUAAGUGUGAUACAAUGUAAUAACACACAUGUUGAAAUUACCAACUUAUAAUCACAAAUACUGUAACUUAUAAUUCUAUGUGCGCUAAUUCUGUGUUCAAGUGUCAGGAGCGUGUAGCGUUCCUGCUCUAUCACUGCUGCUGGUCUCAUUCUAGCAUACUGGUUUUGGCUGUGACAUUCUUCUUGUCUGUCUGUCCACCUGCAAGGUGAUUUAUGUAGCCAGUCUUUGGUUGAAGACCAAACCAAAUUUAAGCCAGCCAAAUCUGCAGUCACAUGUUUGUGAUAUUGUGUUUAACAGUGCUCCAAACUCCCCUUUUGUCUGCCAUGUCUGCUAGAUUUUAUUCCCUUGUUGACCACCUUGGAUCGGAUAUAUACUAUGCUCGGAACUCUGCUUGCCUUUUGACUACAGAUUUGAUCCUGACUAUUCUGAACCUUUCCUGCCUUGUACCUGGACUGUCUUUGAACUGCUCUGCCUAUCUGCCAACCACAAGUACCUGUUUGCUGUGCUCCGUUCGUGCCUCCCCUAGCAUGGUAGCCAGGCACCUUAGCAUUGUGUAUAAGUCCUGGGGGCAACCGAGUACUGGUAGGCCUGCUUGCCUUAUAGGAAAGGGGGCUGCUAUAGGUGAAGAACACAGAAGCUCGCUAUAAGUGCCUGACCACCUGAAUGGUGUGGUAAGCGUGACAUCCAGGUUAAGUAAAAAUUCAAAAUUAAUCCAUUCGGUACAACAAAUCCAUUGAAUGAAAAAGUUCAACUUGCAAGAGAUCUUUUUGUGAGUCCUGUCACUACUCGAUAUGUGGUCUCAAUAUGUAGUCUACCUAUUAGAGUGCACAUGCGGGCUACAAUAUGUAGGAAGAACUACACAUGCAUUGAAGGAUAGAUUACCUAAACACAUAUAUUCAUAUCAGAAAAGAAUGCAAAAGACACAGUAUGUCAGCUCACUUUCAGAUUCAUCAUAUUAGAGACCCUAGAGGUAUUGUAGGGAUAUAGAAAUGAUAUCCCCACUGAAGAGUAUGCAAUAAAACAAGAGAACUUUCAAAAAAAGAAAUGCAGUGGGUUUAUGAUUUGAAAUAAUUUCCACCUCAUGGUUUAAAUAUAGAUUGGGAUAUCAACUGUUUUAUAUAAAACAGGUAAUGCUGAUACCCAUCUAAGGUUUUAACAGGUGAUACCCUCCUAUGGUUUCUUCGAUAGAAUAUGUUAUUAUAAGCAACACCUAUUGGAGACCAAUAAUAAGUUAUCUUCCACUUUAGUUAGGGGAUAGUUUUUUAUAUAUACAUUUUUAAAUACAGAUAAAUAAAAUAAUAGAUAUAUUUUUCCGCUUGCUCAGAGUAAUAAGUGUUGUAUACAUAAUAUUGGAGACUAAAAUAUGUUCUCAUUAUAAAGAUGAAAAGUAUGUUAAAGAUAACUAUAUACAUAUACUUACUUUUUAUCUAUUUUAUUUAUGUAGUAUCUCGAAUGUUUGUUUAGUUUAUGAUACUUUUAAUAUAAGGUUUAUAUGUUCUAUUGGUUGCUUGUAGUGCAGACAUAUUUUUUUGUGAAGGAUAUAUAUAUAUAUACAGGGGCGGACUGACCAUUGGGGCUCUCGGGCACUGCCCGAGGGCCGCA